CAUUGGUUGGGCCAACCACGGUAAAUCGUCAUAGGAAAAUCGUUGUUGGGCCAUGGUUGGCCCAACAUUAAUUAACAUGUACUAUAAAUGCAGUUGUUGGCCCAACGUCGAUCCAACCAUAUGUUAACGCCAGCGACAUUUCUGCAUUGGCCCAAUAACGAUAAAUAUGUACUUUAAAACAGAUGUUGGGCCAACGUUUGACCAACGAUACAUUUUCGUCAAAUAUAUUACUGCACCUGACCCAAUUUUUUUUUUAAAGACAGAUUUGCAUGUAGAUAUUUUACUGUAUAUAAACAGUACACUACAAUGAGUAAAGACUAAAGUUUAUAAAGUUUUUGGAAGCCAUGUUUUAAUAUUGUCACAUUCAAGAAAUACUCAUAUAAAUUAAAUGAGAAAUGUAAGAAAUAAUUACUUUGUGAGUAUAGAAAUGACCAUAACCCAGGCUAUGCAGUAGGGGAUAGAUCUAUAGAAAUCUUGAAGAUCUGAUGUAUAAUCUAAGGCAAUAAUACAUGUGCUGGAACAGAUUAACCAUCCUAAAUGUUUACAAUAAACCUCCGGAAUCUUCCACUCUAAACUGUAAUUAACCUCUGGUUAUGUAAUCAAUGAAUGCAAAUAGGAUCAUUUUGGCACUAUACCCAUCCUUUCCCUCGCUUGAUUUCGAGCUGCAUGGACGUGUUUACAGAUAGAUCUAAAUAAAUUUGUAAUAGACUGCAAUUUCUCAACACUGUAAAAUGUAAGUAGAUCUAGAAUUUUUUACUUUAAUCUUUUAAAUAAACCCUUCUAAUAUAUUUUUGUUUUUAAACCUGCACGGAAUUAGUGUUUUAAAACCUGUUAUACUAUCCACGUGACCAGGUCAUGUGAUUAAUACAAAAUGGCGGAUUGGUAAUGGAAAAUACUUUGAUGUUUUCAGGCCAAAAUUUCAUAUAGUUGAAUUUAUUGAUGACAAAGAGGUAGCUGUGGUACCCUCAAACUGGCUUGUUGGGAAAACAAAGUGUCUUUGGCCAACAUGGAAGUCAUCAGAGAAGAUUAUGAAGGCAGUAAAAAAUGCAGUUUCACCUGACAGCAGUUUCAAAGAAUUCAACAUUGAUAUUAUGUAUGACUCAGAUACUUAUGAGAGGGCAAGAGAAAAACUGAAAAAAGCUGAAAUGGAAACGGAUGUCAAUACCACAGAUGCUGAAGCUGACCUGACAGAAAAAAGGAAACGAAUCCCUACUACACGUUAUGACACUUCGGACAGUGAAGGCUGGCCAUCUCCACCCAAAAAAGCCUGUGUCAGCCCAGACAGAACGGUUAAAAUUGUGCAUAAUGACAAAUCAAAAGAGAAGGGUACGAAAGAUAUGUUGCCCCGCUCUCCGGUAGUCAUUCCUCCAAAAAGUGUAAUAGGGUCAACAUCAAAGACCACCUUAUUCUCUGCUAUUGAAGGAGAAAGAAGGAAGGAUAAGACACCAACUUCAGGUCCAUCUGCCACUGAUCUAAAGAUUCUUCUUUUAUUAGAAGAGUUAAAAAAUGAAGCUAAGCUUCAUACCAAACUGUUGCUGAAACUUGGUCGUCAGACAGAAAAACAAAUAUCGAUUCCAAGUUUGCCUGAGGGAAUCACCUUUCCAAUAUCAAAUUUGAGUCAAAUGGAGAAUAUAGAGGAAAAACUGGCUGAUGAGGAAGUUGUUAAUUCACUGACAGCAAAUUUAUGUCUAGUUGGAGGAGAUAGUGUGGAGAGUAAUGUUCGCCGUGUAAUGUCACACACUUUGUCACAGGAAGUUGCCCUAGAGUACAACUGGGUUGGAAAAGGCGCGAAAAAAGCAUUUGAAAAACUUAGAUUGAAAAAAGUCAUAUUAGAUGCUGUUAGAGGAAGUAGACAGGGGUCUACUAAUAAUGAAAUUGAGAAGACCAUGAAGGAGUGGCUAAGAUAUGCUAAGGAUAGGGAAGGCGGGCGGAGGAAGAGAAUGACAAAAAAACUGCAACAACAAAGAGAAGAAAAUGAAAAUGCUAUGUAAAAAACAUUUAGUAAUAAAUUGUAGUAAUAAGUAUAUUUUAUGUUCUUUUAUUUUACGGUCUCUCUGAAUUCUAGGAGACAUGCUGUUUUUGGUCUUGUCAUCUGUCUGUUUAUCUAAUCCCCUGAAAAUAAUUUUGAACAAAUAUCAAUUAUUAUGACGUCAUAAUCGUCAGACUUCUUAUUUUAAUUUAAGGUUUAUAGUUUGUGAUGUUUUACCAUGGUUAUGUUUGCUGG